AUGCAUCAGACAGAGAAAGCAGGCACUCUAGCAGGGCCAAAGCCGGCAUUUGUAAGCCGCAGGAAGGAACUUGAAUCCUCCGCGAAGCCCCCAGCUCAGCCCACGAGCCUGGCAGCGCCUAGGUCUGAGAGAGGUACCCACCCAGGCCACCCUGCGAGCACUCUGCACGACCUUGCCCGGAAUCCUGCGCACAGCCCCACACCCCUCGGACUGCCAGGACAGCCUCCCGUGCCUCCAUUGCAGAGCUCGGAAUUCUCACUUUGCAACUGUCCCAGGCAGCACCGCGUCGGCCUCUCGGUUCCUGGUUCCGCACUGAAGGUUUUCAAUGUGCCAAGUUCCCCCGCGGCCGGUCCUACCCCCCGCGGCGCGCCAACAGGAUUCAAAUUAUCCCACCCUAACCCUUCAAAAAGAGUACAAAGCGAGGCAAACAGAACCGCCGGCAGCCGGGGCGGUCGGCCAGCUCCGGUUCUCGGAAGGUUCGGAACCCAGCCCCCAGCCUCCAAAGCCAAGGGUCUCGGGGCGAUUUGCAUAACAGUGCUGGCGGAGAAACUCAAAACCGCAGGACGCUGCCAGGCCCCUCGGGGCUCCGCGCGUGGAAGUCAGAGGAGCCCACAGGAAGCCUUACGAGCAGUGCUCCCUCUCUCGAUCUGUGCCCCCUCCAACUCCGCGACCCAGGCCGAGCCAGGCGCAGUCCCGGAGGACCCGCCAAGGGAGAGCACAGUGGAGAGGGGAGCGGGGGGGAGGGGGGGCGGGGAAGCGUCCAGAGAAAAUGACCAACCCUCGUCCCUGAGAUGCCGCCCCGCUCCGUCCCGCACAGCGGUUCUCAGAAACGCCUCCAACUUCUCCCCCGCCCCCCCCCCCCCGGGACGCCGACCACCGCCCCGUGGCGAGAACCUGGCUGGCACUCCUCAAGAAACUUCUGGGACUCCUCCGUUACGCAACUCGGGGACCGGGCUCCGGCAACGGGACGUUCCCCGCAGGACGCUAGGCUCCGGGGAGGGAGGAGGAGGGCGGGCGAGCUCCCCGGACCCCGACCCCGGGCUUUCGGGAAGCUACCUGCAGAGGAGCCGCAGACAGGGGCGGCGCGCGCCGGGCCCCCGCGCCCCGCUCUGCCCAAACGCUGCCCCCCCCCCCCCCGGAAGGCGGCCGAGCCGGCCCCGGAGUGAGCGCGCGGGGCUGCCGGGCUGCCGAGAAGUUCGCGACCGCGGGGCGGGGGACCAGCCCCGGGCACGCAGCGCCCCGCUUACCUUCCAGCUUCUUUGGUCCUCCGGGGCGUCCUCGUCACCUCCCUUGACCUGUUGA